CGGGGAGGCUACCAAGUUCAAGAUGGCGAGUUUGUGAUAUUGUUUUAGUUCCCUCUUUUCAAUCGAAAUACCUGAGCGUAAACUCAUGCGAGUAUUAUGCGUUAACACCAGUCCUAACAAACUUCAUAUAAAUAUAGCAAUUUCCUGCCAUGGAUGUUGAAACGGAAAUAUCUUUCUUAAGUUCAUCGUCAUCGCAAAAUGGUUUCACUACUGCCUGUUGUGCAAAACGGCAGCGAACAGAGGAAAGAGAUGAACAAGAGGUUAUGAACUUGUCACGCGAUGAUUUCGAUCGCCCAAGCAAAAAUGGUUCUUUGUUUCAUAAGAGAACCAACAUGCCCACAAAUUAUUGGACGUCAACUUCGACUUCUCCCAAAAAUUUUUUGUUGAUCAGUGCAAAUGGAUUGGUUUAUGAGUCCGAAGAUUUUCUGCCCAAGGGAGAAACCUUGUAUAAGCCCUUGCAAGAGGAAGUAAUCAUCAAUACAAGGAAUAUCGAGCAGUUCACGUUUACAAAUGGUUCGUUCUUCAUUGGCGAUGAGUCGUCAAGGUUCAACAGGACAGUACAAGGUAUUAAUGUUUAAGAGUAGUCAACUGCGUUGCUAACAACGGCAUUGACAAAACCAGGAUCAGGUGGCGAUCCGUGAUCCAAUCUGCAAUCCGACCCCUUUUUUUUGACGCCAUUGCUAAAAUUUCAAUCUGGCAUUUUUCUUGAGAAUUAUAAAUUUAACGUUAAAUGUGUGUUUCGCGUUAUUGACCUAGCUUUUGAACCCUUCAACUCCCAGAAGUGUUAAACAUGUAACAUCUCCCUAAAAUAUCCAUAUGUUAUCCAGCAAACAGGAAAUGAGAAUACUCUUAUUUAUCAGGUAGAAGUUGUUAUCUUGAUCUAACACCAGACUCUUGCAAUUAAGGUAAAAGUAAAGUGUAACAGGUAGAUGAGAGAAUUAACAAUCAAUUGACUCUGAUUUUCAUUCAGGCGUCUCUCUGAAUAUGUGGAGAUUUGACAAUCAAGCAAAGAAGCUUUACAUUUCAAGAUCAUUUGUGUUUACAAAUCUGCAGGUAAAAUGAGAGUUCUCCAACAACCACAAUAAUAAGUGCAAGUGAAAAAAAAAUCCAGAUUUUUAUAGGAUAUCAUGCAAUCUCAUUAUUGAGAACAAACUCAAAGUUUUAUCAACCCUUUGCACCCUAAUAUCAGUAUGCAUAUUCUCCAUACUGUUCUCUAUACAUUUCUCUAUACAUUAACAAUUAAGGGCUUCUUUUGCGAAUGAUCAUUUCCUUUGAUCCUAGGGUGAAGGUGGAAGGUAAAAUUAGAUGCUAGUCUCUUUUAGGAGUCAAAGGUUAAAAAAAAAAUGUUUGUGUAACUUAGAAAUCUGAGAAAUGCCUACAACUAUUAAUUUUGAUGCAAACUUCUCAUCCUCCUUGAAGUUUGUAAUAGAAAACUCUUUCUUCCAAUCAUUUCUAUGUUUGAUUAGUUCAUAAAAGUUAAAAAUUGAUUCCAUGUUGCUGUGUAUGUGUUCUGUAAUUUAGUCUUUCUCUAUUUCUUUUUAUACAAUAAGCUCAGUUAUGCACGCAUUCUGAUUGGUUCUCACUUAUGAUCUAUUGGAGGACAGACGUAUGGAUGACGUCAUCAUUAAAAAUUUUUUUAAAUUCUUUAUUAUAUAAAACAAAUAGAUUCCAAGUUGCCAUGCACCUGUUCAGUAAUAGAACACAGAGGAUGUCAAAAUGUGGUAAGAACAUCAGUGACACACUUGGCUGCACCUCGUGUGCCACUUUUUUGUUUUUACUGCAUUUUUACAUCAUCUGUGAUCUAUUACUGAACAGACGCAUGGCAACUUGGAAUCUAUUUGUUAAACUGAGCUUAAAACUUUCCAACUUUCUUAUUCUAUGUUCUGUAAUAGAUCACUGAUGUUUUUACCACAUUUUGACAUCUUCUGUAAUCUAUUACUGUACAGAUCCACAACAACAUGGAAACUGUUUGUGUAUUAAGUAAUGUCAUCUAUGCAUCUGUCCCCCAAUUAAUCAUUAGUAAGAACCAAUCAAAAGGCAUACAUAAUUUAGCUUAUCAUAUAAUUAGAAAUUUGAGAAUACCCACAUUUAUUCAUUUUUCUCACCUUCCUUGAAGUUUGUUAUUUACAACUCUCUCUUUCCAAUAAUUUCUAUUUUUAUUACUUCACAAAAUAACUAAUAGUUUAUAACAGAUAGAUCUAAAGUACAAUCCUCUAACAUAUACAUGAACUUAUCCUCAUCUUUUUUUUUUCCCAGGAAGCACAGAACAUAAAAAGAAUUUUGGAAACCAUGUAAAAAGGAAUUUAAUAACAUUGUUUUCUAGGACAAGAAUGGAGGAGGACAUCUUAUAAUUUUUAAGUAUUCAUGUUAAAGUUUAGUUGGAAUGAAAAAGUUGUAAAGCAUUUCUGUUAUAUUUUUGAUAAUACAUUUUAAAGGGUUUUUAAGGGAAGUCAGAAAAUAGCAAUGGAUUAAAAAAAAAUUAAUCUGAAUUUUCUCCUCAGUGUAUAGUUUAAAAGGGAAGAAAGUAGAAAAAAAGCUGUCCAAUCAAGCCACAGACAAACAGAGAGAGAGAGAGACUUAAAGAGAAAGAGGGAAACAUACUAGUGAAGAGAGAAAAAAACAUUCAGACAGAGGCAGUCAGACAGGCAGACAGAUAGACAGACAGACAGACAAACAGACAG